AUGGUUCAUUUACAUACAUCUCCAAAGCCUCGUUCUCCAUCAUCGGCCUCUGCAACAACAAACAACACAACGACUGGCAACAACAAUAAUCAAAUUCUUGAACAACAACGACAAGCCUACUAUUCUGCCUAUCAUCAAGAUAAAAGGAUAAUUCAAGAAAAACAAGAGGCCUAUUAUGAUUAUGAGGAAGCAGCAGAGGAUGUUGAUGAAGAUGAAUACUAUCCGACCAUGACCAGUUCUUAUCAACAAAACAACCAAUUGGUUGGAGCCAGUGGUUUUGAACAACAGCCAGACCUCAUAUCGAAACCAACUCUCAAUCCCUCUUCAUCAUCGACCAGUGACUCUGUUCCAUGUUAUAGUAAUAACGAGGAAUAUCAUCACGACAACUCGGUCAUGCGAGACGAUGAAGAAGAAGAUGAAUAUGUUGACGAGGGAGACGACAAUGAAGCAAAUGAUUUGGAAAAUCAAUUUUCUGAGACUGGACUCAACACUAGUUAUGACGACAUGAACGAAAAUCCAUACGCCAAAGAUUCACCUCAACACGAGCACUAUAUCGAAGGAGUUCAAUUUUUACUACCACUCCGAUAUGAACCCAUAGAAUGUGUCGGAAAAGGAGCUUAUGGAAUUGUUAUUAGCGCAAACGAUAGGCUCAUGAAUCGAAAAGUAGCCAUUAAAAAGAUUGAAGCUGUUUUCAAGAAGGAAAAAUUCUUUCAAAAGAGAAUUAUGAGAGAAAUCAAAAUUCUAAUUCACUGCAAAGGGCAUCCAAAUAUUGUGGAAAUAUUAGAUUUAGUUCCUUCUGAAUCAUUUGAUGAAUUCGAAGACAUUUAUAUCGUGACCGAAUAUAUGGAUUGUAAUUUACAAGAAUUACUGAAAUCCGGACAAAAAUUCAGCGAGCAAAACAUUCAAUACUUUUUAUAUCAAAUGCUGAAAGCCCUAGACGUAUUACAUUCUUGUGAUAUUGUUCACCGUGACAUUAAGAGUAGUAAUAUCUUGGUCAAUAACGAUUAUGAAGUCAAGUUUUGUGAUUUUGGAUUGUCACGAGCCAUGAUGAACGAAAAGAUGUCGACAGACAAUGUUGCUACCAGAUGGUAUCGAUCUCCAGAACUGUUACUCAAAUAUCACAAGGCAGGAAAACCAAUCGAUGUGUGGAGCUUGGGUUGUGUUUUCGCAGAGCUACUCUCAACACCAAAACAACACGUUCUCUUCCCUGGAGAAAGCCAUCUCAAUCAAAUUGACAAGAUUUUGGACAUUUUAGGAACUCCACCACCUGAAGAUAUUUAUGGAUGUUUCAAAGCUCAAGUGUACAUGAGUAAUCAGCCAUUCAGAAAGAAGAAGGAUUUCAGUAAACUAUUCCCAGAGGCAAAUCCUGAAGCGUUGGACCUUUUGGAAAAGAUGCUCUCGUUUUCUCCUGAUAAGAGAAUUACUGUGAAAGAAGCUCUAAAGCAUCCAUAUUUGGAGAGCAUGGCCAAUCAUAUGGACGAUGAAGAAGAAGGAAUUUCUUCCGAUGGAGGAUUUGUGACCAGAGAUUUCGAAUAUAGAUUCGAUGAGUCUUGGGAAGUACAUCAAAUUAAGAAAAUGAUGUAUGACGAGUGUGUUAAUUUUCAUUAUGCAUGGUCGAGGAAGUAG